GCCGACAUCAAUGCAGAGGAUGCAGAUGGGGAGACGGCCCUGCUGCUGGCGGCGAGGCGAGGGCAUCAGGCGGCGGUGGAGCUCAUGCUGGAGCACGGCGCCGCCACAGACCAGGCCAACAGGAGCGGCGUCACUCCCCUCAUCGCCGCGGCGCUGUUUGGGCACGAUGGGACGGUGGAAGUACUGCUGGCCAGAGGGGCUGGCACGGCCGCCAGCGAUGUCCAGCAUCGCCGCACACCGCUCCACUGGGCGGCGCUGGCGGAUGCGGCGGCGAUCGCCCGCAUGCUGCUGCAGCAUGGGGCUCAGGGGGGCGCGGUGGACUGCCACGGGGCCACCGCAAUGGACCUGGCUGUGGAGCACGACUGCACCCAAGUGGUGCAGGUGUUUGUCAGCUUUGCCAGCAGCAGCUGA